UCGUUGCUCUGGGAGCCGUGGGGUGCGUAUAUAAAGUAUGGACGAGGUCGGGGCGCGCCACCAGUCGACUCUACACGCUAAACGACUAUUGUCACCAGUACCGAUUGUUACACGUGUGUACAGUGUCGUGCAAAUUGUGUUUCGUAAACUAAGAUGUCGUCUACAAAAUGGCUGGUAUGUGCGCUUGUGGUAGUUUGCAUCAGUAUACGACAGUCUGCUGGAGCGCCUGCGCCUCAAGAAGAAGAAGCGUCACCACCAAUGCCAUACGAAUACAAAUACGACGUGGAAGAUCAAGAAAAGGCUCUGUAUUUCGGGGCCAAUGAGGCAGGGGACGCUCAAGGCAAAGUCAUUGGUGGAUACAAGGUUUUGCUUCCAGAUGGCCGCCUGAUGACAGUGGAGUACACAGUCGAGGGCGAAAGUGGAUUCGUGCCCAAAAUAAGUUUCGAAGAAAACGCGAAUCCAUUCGGCAAAUCAAAGUAGAGCUCUAUAACAAGACUGCAUUUCGACAGACGAAUUCAUAGUUCAAAUUUUGUACAAAUUGUGAAACAGUUUUAAAUACAGAUUGCUGAUUUUAUGCUCACUGCUUGCUUAAAUAAGUAUUAAUGCUGCGUAACGUUAUCAGUCAUACCAGUUAACUUCAUAAUCAUAUGAAUAAUUCAGAGGUAAUAUAUAAGGAGGAAGUUUCUUCUAUUUUAUAUUAAGUCUAUUUGAAGUGUCUAUAAUUUGAUUCCUAGAGGAGUUACUUAAUUCUUAUUAAUUUUAGACCUCUCUUUGUUAUAUUAUAAUAUUUUAACAGAUACAAUAAACCCAUCGGAAAUUUUCACUGAAAUAUUUUCGUCAUAAAAAUAACUUACUUAUUUGUAAGUAUAGGUAUUAUAAUAUAUAACUUUGAUUUUUUUAUUAUAUCCUCUUUCUAUAUUAAUAAGAAAGAGGAUCAUAAUAUACACAGCAAUAAAAUCAGCAUUUUGUUAUAAAACGGUAUGAUCUCUGUCAAAUACUAAAAUUGGUUGUACAAUAACAGUAAACUCAAAUGUUACCAAUACUGUGAUUCAAUUAGGAAGAAUAAGUGAAGGCCAUGUAUAAAAAUAUUUUAGUAAAUAUAUUAUCUUAUUGUAUAAUGUGAUGUAUUAACAGCGGGGUAAUAAAUAUCCUGGCUUGUAAUAAAUUUUGUAUAUGAUAAACAA